AUGGAAGGUAAUACUCUGAGAGGCAGAAAUAUUUCCCAUGCUGUGAGUUAUUUCAUCCUCUUGGGCUUCCCUAGUGGCUGGGAAGUACAAAGCUUCCUUUUCUCCAUAUUCUUUGUGACUUACAUCCUGACUCUGUUUGGAAAUACAGCCAUCAUAUGUGCAGUGCACUGGGACCACCGGCUCCACACACCGAUGUACACUCUUCUGGCAAACUUCUCUUUCCUGGAGAUCUGCUACGUCAACUCUGAUGUGCCCAACAUGCUGGCUAACUUCCUCUCAAGGUCCAAAACCAUCUCCUUCACUAGGUGCCUCCUGCAAUUGUACUUCUUCUUCUCUCUGGGUACAACUGAAUGCCUAUUUCUCUCCAUCAUGGCCUAUGACCGGUUCCUUGCAAUCUGCCGCCCCCUGCACUACCCCAACAUCAUGACUACAAAGUUCUGCUACAGCUUAGUCAGCUUUUGCUGGGUCUAUGGUUUCCUUUGGUUUCUGAUUCCAGUGAUACUCAUUACCCAACUGCCAUUUUGUGGACCAAAUGUGAUUGAUGACUUCCUGUGUGACCUUGGUCCCCUGCUGGCCCUUGCCUCAGCCUGUGUCCCAAUCCCAGGGACUGUUCUCAUAUGUGGCACCAUGAGCUCCCUCCUCAUCUUUGCCACCUUUUUCUAUAUUAUCAGCUCCUACACCCUGGUGCUAAGAGCUGUUAUUCAGGUACCCUCCUCUGCUAGCUGGAAGAAGGCCUUCUCCACCUGCUCCUCACAUCUGGCUGUUGUAUGUCUCUUCUAUGGAUCAGUGAUGCUGACAUAUGUGAGUCCAGGGUCAGGACAAGCAAAGGGCAUGCAGAAGUUUACAACACUGUUCUACUCGGUUUUGACCCCUUUAUUCAAUCCUAUGAUUUAUAGUCUCCGGAAUAAAGAAAUGAAGGAUGCCUUAAAGAAAGUUCUGGGAAGUUUCUAA